CAUUAGCAAUUUAUUGCAGUUGUCUGUAUUGCCUGUUAUAAAACGAAAGCCAUCUUUAUCUUUGCGGACAGUGUCUUUCACUUUUGGAUUAGAUAAUUCGUAAUAAAAGCCAUUGAAUAAUUCACUCUCUGGUCUACCUACACUCAUCGUCAUACGGACCCUGAGGGCGAUCGUCGAAGGACGUGCCAAUGGACACUCCUCGGCGCCGACCAUGGAUAUCAAGGACAGUAGCGACGAAGAAGACGAGAGAACACGCGACAUCACAACGUUUAGUAAAUUCGACGAGGCGAUCGUGGUGCGUAAUGCCGAAGAAAUCAAAAGCCCGAUGAGUCGUGGACACUCGAGUUCCAGAAAGACCAGGAAAAGCAUGACAAGCGACAACACGAACACGUUGGCGUCCAACUCACCACGUGGCAACAGGCACGAAUUCAGAAGAUACUCGAGCAAUGAUGUCGGCUUCGAGAAAUCGAUGGAAAUUGGCAGUGAUCCCUCGGAUAGUGAGGAGAGCGACGACGAUGAUAUACAGGGUACCAGCAUUGCGAAGCCGAUCAAUUUGUAUAAUCCUAAGGAAUUCGAGAAUCUAGAGGCAUCGACGGAGGUCAAGGAGUUAUUUCAAAAUAUAAUGAGGUACACGCCACAGAAGAUCGAGCUCAACUACAAGCUGAUACCAUUCGUUCCUGACUACAUACCUGCAGUCGGUGAUAUAGAUGCCUUCAUAAAGGUACCGAGGCCUGACGGAGUCGAGGAUAAAAUUGGCCUAACUGUAUUAGACGAGCCCUGCACUGAUCAAUCGGAUCCGGCAGUGCUGCACUUACAACUACGUAAUCAUUCUAGGAGUGCCGGCGCUGCUGCCAGACAGGCGGUUGUCAAAAGAAUAGAGGAUGCCGAGAGAAACAGCAAGUCGAUUGACAAAUGGAUUGACGAUAUGAAUCAGUUACACAGAAGUAAACAUCCGCCGGGUGUGCAACUAAAUAAUGCAAUGCCAGACAUCGACGGACUGAUGCAGCAGUGGCCGCUGCAGGUGGAAGAAAAACUGAAUGAGCUGCAGUUGGAUCUAUCACAGCUCGAUUGUGAUCUGCCGCAACUGGUCGACGUGGUCUGCAACCUUUUGGACAUUCCCACGCGAGAGGACACUCGACUGGAGGCUCUUCACACGCUGUUUACGUUGUACUUAGAGAUCAGAAAUGUCGACAGCCGGCACUUCAAUUAGCAUUAAGCGCAAUUAUUAUUAAUUAGAUAUUAUAUUUAAAUUGUAAAAAAAUUAAGACAUUACU